AAAUUGCAAAUUAACAACCCUAAUUGCAGCGCUGAGUGAAUGAAAAAAGUGACAUAAAUGGCGGAAUUGUGCUCAAGCGCCAACAUUUGUAUUUAAUUGAGAUUUAUAUUAAAAAUAAAAGAAUAUAAUCAUUGCCGAAUCACGCCACAAAUCAAUAAGGACAACAAAUAAAAAUUUAAACAUCGAACUGAGAUCUAUAUUUAAGUAGCGCGCCAUGUAUAAGCGUAAAUCUGGUGCCCCAGUACCCAGGCAGCGGAUCAUCACGGCCAGCAGCAGCAGCCCUGAUGACAAUGAUGACACUGGCAGUAGCCAUGAGAUUAAGUUGGAUACCAAAGCCUUCGAUACUUACCACAUUGAUAUGGCAGUGGACGAACAACCAGAACAAAAAUCUAAAAUACAAAUACAGCAACAACAACAACAGCCACACAGUCAACAGCGCUCGGUGGGCUCGCUGGUAUUGCUCACCCAAAAAUUUGUAGAUCUAAUGAAACAGAAUGGUGGCUCUAUUGACUUGAAAGAGGCCACGAAAAUCUUGGACGUGCAGAAGCGACGUAUUUAUGAUAUCACCAACGUCUUGGAGGGCAUUGGCCUUAUUGAUAAGGGCAGACACUGUUCGUUAGUGCGUUGGCGUGGCGGAGGCUUCAACAAUGCCAAAGAUCAUAAAGAAUAUGACGUAGCCUGUGAGCGAACGAAUCGUUUGAAAAGUAUAGAGGAGGAUUUGGAUAGACAAUUGGAGUAUGCACAGCGUAACCUACACUAUAUAAUGCAGGAUCCAACAAAUCAGUCUUAUGCGUAUGUUACACGCGAUGAUUUACUUAAAAUAUUUGGGGACGAUUCCGUUUUUACCAUACCCAACUACGAUGAGGAAGUGGAGAUUCACCGCAGUGAUCGUGAACUGAAAGUUUCACUAGAUAAUGGGAGCACAAUAGAUAUACGUUUGGUCACCAACCAAGGCAAAGCAACAACAAAUCCAAAUGAUGCUCAUGGUCCGUUCGAUGAUCGCUACUCAGACUCACCGUCUCCAUCAUCGUCGCCAACACAUUCUUCCAGUAAAGCAGGCAAUGGCACUGGUAAUGUCAUUCAGGAUGAACAUACGUACUCGUGUAAUUCCGAGCACAAGGAAGAGAAGGCGCUUGAGAAUGAACGUACAGCAAAAAUAAUCUUUCAAAAUUAUAUGGCUGGCCACUCACUGAGGCGUUUCUAUCCCGAUGAUCCCAAUUUAGAAAAUCCACCACUUGUGCAACUAAAUCCUCCACAAGAAGACUUUAAUUUCGUUCUGAAAAAUGACGAAGGAAUUUGCGAACUAUUUGAUGUACAGUGUUAGGCGCAAUUUGCGAUUGUAAUUGGCCGAGUGCGUUGUGCAAAUAUUUAAAAUUAGUAAAAUUUUGACCUUUAAUUUUGUUUUAUAAUGUAGACAUUUUAAAUUAGAUUAAUUGUAAAGUACAUUACAUUUGGGCCAAUAAAAUACGUCGAUGCGUAUACAAUGUACAUAUACAUAU